AUGUAACUCAUUUAUUAUUGUUCUCAGCUCAGGCUAGUCAUGACCAAGUUCCACCUGAUGUAAUGGAACCGUUAGUACGAGUGAUUGCUGAUAAUUUCAUUACAGAACGUGCUUCUUCGGAAGCAAUAGCAGUUGGAUUGAAUUCAGUACGUGAAAUAUGUGCACGUUGUCCAUAUGCAGUUACAAAAGAUUUAUUAUCUGAUUUAAUUCAAUAUCGAUCAUAUCGAAAUAAGAAUGUGGUUGCUGCAGCUCGAUCUGUUAUACGAUUGUAUCGUCAAAUAAAUCCUGAAAUGUUACCACGUAAAGAAUGUGGACGUUUAACGGAAUCACAAUUGGAUGUAAUAAAAUAUGAUAUACCUCAAGAUGUGGCAAUUAAUUUCGGACAAUGUACCACUUCUGCAACUGUUCCUGGAGCUGAAAUAAUUGCCUUAGCUUCAGAAAAAUUAAAUGCUAAUAAAAAAGAAUCUUCUAAAAAGUCCAGCAAAAAUUUAAACAAUUCAGAGACAUGUUUAAACACUGAAGAAAAUGAUUCAUGGGAAUCAUGCUCUGAUGAUGAAGAGUCUGAGGAGGAAACAUGCGCGGACAAAGAAAGUGAUAAUUCAGAUGGCGAAUGGGUAAAUUUAUCUAAUUCUUCGGAAGAAGAAGAAGAUGAUGAUGAACAAAACAUUGAAAUCGAUGAAUCUAAUGAUGAGAAUGCUUCUGCAAAGAAACCGAAAAUAGAUCCGAGUGUUUUGAAAGAAAAAGCUUUAGAGAUAGCAGCUUCACGUGUAUUUACACAAGAGGAAUUUGAAGCAAUGCGUAAAUAUCAACAAACAAAACAGAAACGUUUUGCAUCGUACAGUUCAUUACGUAAUAAACAUAAACUUGACAAUUCCGAUUCAUAUUUUAUUGUGAAUUCUGAUUCGGAUGAAGAUGAUGCAAAUACUACUGGUAUUGGUAUACAAAAUAAAGACGGUAGUCUAGGCAAUCUUGUGAGUAUGAGUGCAAUUACACGUUUAGUGAAACGUCCACAUCAAACAAAAGCUGAUCGAAUGGAAUCUAUUGAAGAAGGUCGUAUUGGAAGAGAAAAAUAUGGUUUUAAG